AUGAAAGAGGCCCUGCAACUGCUCGAGUCGAGCGGGGAGAUUGUUGAGAUUGACUCGGGGAAUAUGUGGGAUUGGGAGAUGGAUAUAUCGUCUCUUCAGGACAAGCAGGCUGAGCUUCAUGAGCGCGCACGAGUUGCGACAUUCGAGCUCUACGAGGCCCAUGGCCAGCUUCAGGAGCUCGCUACCAAGAUUCGCGAGCUAGGGGUAGAGGGCUUCCUUCUACAGCCGGAGCUCACCGAGCUGCUGGCUGCCGCGGAUCCGGCUCCCAUAAUGCUCAUCUCGGUCAGCAUGUGGCGUUCCGACGCCCUGGUGGUGCGAACCGAGUUUGUCACUCUAGUGCCGUUACCUCAGCUCCACGAGCAUGACGCGGUCAACCACGCUGAAAUGCCGGACAACGCAAAGGGCGCCGGCGGCCGCGCUUCAGUACUCCCGUUCAUUUUGGGAUGGCUCCGGGACGUUGCGGCUAAGCCAGCCCUUGAAACUGGGCUACCCGAUCAGACCAAGAAUACAACGACUGGCCCCGACUCUGCUGGGUGCCAACAGGGGUGA